AUGACAAAGGCGACAAUUCUACUCCUUUCUCUGUAUUUUCCGUUGUUUAUCCUAGCGAAAGAGAUCUCCAAGCGUAGCCUGCCCUCUGAAGGCUAUUACAGUCCGGCCGAUAAUGGGGGAUCUAUGCUGACGGUCGUAGGGCAGACUUACCCAGACGGCCAACAGGAGCCGGUGAACGCUAUUAUAUCGGGAAAUUCCGACCAAGCUGUUCUCGCACAGCAAAGCACGAACGGAGGGCUUAUCAAUUAUUUUCUGUCUUUAUCGUUUUCGGGGGAAUGCUUAGGUCAACAUACGGGUAACUCCCAACAAGUUAAUUUAGGGGACGGCAACGGUUUCCGCAAUGAGACCGCUGUAAUGCGAUAUAAUUAUGGUGAUCCUGCGUUAGGUUCCUGCACAGAGUCGGUAAAGGGAGGUGACCACUUUAGAUACUGGGUUCAGAAUGGUAGUGAGGCCAACAGCGGUGCGGCUUUCUUGGCUAUAUCUUAUGAAACCUCCUCAAGUGACAAUCACGACAUCGUUGAAAAUGGAUACAAUCUUGGCCGUGACUACGUUGUCGGCAACAUCACCGGCUCGAAUGUGUCAACACUCGCGCUGACCGGUUCUUCGACAUUUUCUGGGACAUCGUCCUCUCAGGGAUAUACAUACAAGACCGACAUCAUGUAUGCUACGGGGCUGCUACAGAACACAAGCAUCGGCAUCAAUCAUAACCAGUCUGUGUCUAAUAAUGGCGCGGUGAACGCUGUGGAUGGUCUCGUUGCAGUUUUCAGCGUAUCAAUUACAGGGAAACCUAGUAGUGAUAGUAGCAGUAAUAGCUCAGGUUCAAGUAAUCUUGCGUGGCCAGAAAUGUCUAAAACAUGGUCAAACCUCCUCGCCUUAUUCUUAAUUUCCUUUAUGGCUUUGUGA